ACCAAAGAAGAAGAAUCCACCCGGUCGACAAAGAAUGACGAAAAAGUUAUAUAGGAACUGUUGAAAUCAUACAUUGGUUUACUCUGUAUAUUCUGUAAACUCUACAUCAAAUCUUUAUUUUUUUAACUUUAAAUUUAACGUAUGUACAAAUUAAAGCUUUCACAGCGUCGAGGAUUUGGACCCAAGUUUUCUGUUGUGGAUGGAGUCUGUCUGUCUGACAUGGAUUCCGCUCUUCAUGUCCUCUCGUUCAUCUGUGCUGGUCUGAGAAGAUGGAUACAUAUAUCACCCCAUGCUCUCCUUCUAUUCUGAUUCCCAUUCCUGAUCUCUCUGACCCACCUCUAUCUAUUGUGCACAUUAGUGCUUUCUUUCCUCCUGUCUGUCUCUUUGUUACACUCUUUCUGUCCUUCCCGCUCCCUGUGGCCAUGUGUGAUAACGGGGAUCCCGAGGACAAGCCCCCAGCCCCCCCAGUCAGGAUGAGCAGCACCAUCUUCAGCACCGGCUCCAGCAAGGACCCGCUCUCAGCCAAUCACAGCUCCAAGCCCCUGCCCUCAGUUCCGGAAGAAAGGAAACCCCGCAACAAGAUAAUCUCAAUUUUCUCAGGAGCAGAGAAAGGUGGUAGAAAGAAAGACCGGGACAAAGAACGACCAGAGAUCUCUCCUCCUUCAGACUUUGAACACACUAUCCACGUUGGCUUUGAUGCUGUCACUGGGGAGUUCACUGGCAUGCCAGAGCAAUGGGCACGGCUCCUCCAGACGUCAAACAUCACAAAGUCAGAGCAGAAAAAGAACCCCCAGGCUGUUCUCGACGUGCUCAAAUUCUAUGAUUCUACAGGCAACGGCCGCCAGAAAUACCUCAGUUUCUCCUCUGAAAAUGAUGGUUUCCCUGCAGGACCCCACUCUCCGGUCAAAAAGGGCACGGAACCCUCAUCGAUCAGUAUCAAGGACAUUGAUGAUGAUGAUGAUGAUGAUGAUGAAGCUCCCCCACCCAUUGUGGCACCACGUCCAGAAUACACUAAGAGUGUUUACACUCGCUCCGUCAUUGACCCCAUCCCUGCUCCAGCCACGUGUCCAGAUGGAGACGCAGCCUCCAAGGCUCUAGACAGACAGAAGAAGAAGGGCAAGAUGUCAGACGAGGAGAUCAUGGACAAACUGAGAACUAUUGUCAGCAUUGGAGAUCCCAGAAAGAAGUACACAAGAUAUGAAAAAAUUGGACAGGGGGCUUCAGGGACAGUGUUCACAGCCAUUGACGUCGCCACUGGACAGGAGGUGGCCAUUAAACAGAUCAACCUACAGAAGCAGCCCAAGAAGGAGCUGAUAAUCAAUGAGAUUAUGGUGAUGAAAGAGUUAAAGAAUCCGAACAUUGUCAACUAUGUAGACAGUUUCCUGGUGGGAGAGGAGCUCUAUGUGGUGAUGGAGUAUUUGGCUGGUGGUUCGCUGACUGAUGUGGUGACAGAGACCUGCAUGGACGAGGCUCAGAUAGCUGCUGUCUGCAGAGAGUGUUUACAAGCACUGGAGUUCCUUCAUGCGAACCAGGUCAUCCAUCGUGACAUCAAGAGUGAUAACGUGCUACUGGGAAUGGAUGGCUCUGUCAAGCUCACCGAUUUUGGUUUCUGCGCCCAGAUCACUCCAGAGCAGAGCAAGCGCAGCACCAUGGUGGGUACGCCUUACUGGAUGGCUCCUGAGGUGGUGACCCGGAAAGCCUAUGGGCCUAAGGUUGAUAUCUGGUCACUGGGCAUCAUGGCCAUUGAGAUGGUUGAGGGGGAGCCUCCAUACCUCAAUGAGAACCCGCUAAGAGCACUGUACCUGAUUGCCACAAAUGGGACUCCAGAACUUCAGAACCCAGAGAAACUGUCUCCCAUAUUCAGAGACUUCCUUAACCUCUGCCUGGAAAUGGAUGUGGAGAAGAGAGGUGGGGGCAAAGAGCUGCUGCAGCAUCCCUUCCUGAAGUUGGCAAAACCCCUGUCUAGUCUCACACCUCUAAUCUUGGCUGCUAAGGAGGCCAUGAAAGGCAACCGUUAACCGAACAAAUAGAACAUACAAACAACGCUGUGCCAGAUCUGUGCCAACUGUUUAGGGUUUGUGCCAGAUAAUAGGCUGUGACACCACUAUGCUCCAGUCUGAUAAGCCUUGACAACCCUCACUGUGAAGGAGACCAAAAACAUCCAGAACACUACCCACCACUGGCCAUAUGAACUCUGAUUCUCACUCAAAUCUUUGAAGACUUUAUUUUGUACAAGAAAACAUUGGCGGUGGGUCACGUUGGGGCUAAAUUUGUAUUUAAUAUGGAAUGAGCAUAGCUAUCUAGCUUCCUACUUUUUGGAAGAAAUAUCACUGCCUUAAAUGCAAAACAUUGCCCAAUGCAGGGGUAGGCAACCUCCUGUUCCAGGAGUGCCACAGGUACUUCAGGAUUUUGUUCCAACUAGGCACCACACCUGACCAACUGAGCUAAGUUCAGCGAUUGCCUAAAUUCAACACACCUGGUCUUCCAGGUCGGUUAAAUCAAAAGCAUGAAGUGCCUGCGACACUCCAGGGCUAGGGUUGCCUACCCCUGGCCUAAUGUAUUGUUGAUUGUGUCAUGUUGGUUUGUUUCUCCAUUUUUACUGUCAUUGUAGUUUCCUCUAACGCUAGUUAGUGUCCUCUUAAUCAUUUUGAUACUUGAAUUUCAUGUGUCCUGACUGAUCAUGUUAUGGGCCUAUCAUUUAAUGAAAACUGUUAUUCCACCUGGUGCCCGGUGUAAUCUUUGGAUUAUUCUCACAUUUGUUAUAGGAAAGACAUUUGAAAACAUUUCCAUUAUUACAGUGAAUGUGGUGAUAUUGAUGAUGAUAUAGGGUUGCCUCAUUUGGCAGUCUAACCAGUGAUUUCCUCUUGUAUCAUUAGCCUCUUCUUGGUAGUGGAGGUGCAAUUUAUGGGCAAAUUCAAUUGUAGAAUGACAGGGUUUAUUCUAGCUUGUGCCGACUUUCUUUGUUCUUAUUAAAAAUGGAACUGUUGAAUUCUGUACUUUUUGUCUAAUUCAGUGCUGAAGCUAAGAAGAUAUGGAUGUCAGGCCAGGUAGCUUUGUAGGCUAAUGAAGACAAUGUAUAUUCACUGUUUCUUUUACUCUAUUUGAAUAACUAACAAUCUGAUAAUUGUCUGCAAAUUCUAGUAAAUGCAGCUGUUAAUUUUG